AUGCAGGAAGAGAUGGAACUGAAGAGCGGGAGCGUUGUACGGUCAGGGCUAGCAGGGACUGGGAAUGCCCAUAAUAGCGUGGCAUUGCACCAGAAACAACAACUGGAGAGAUAUCUCAGUUUCUUCUCAUCCGUCGCAUUCUCCACGUGCCUACUUGCCACAUGGGAAUCUGCCGGUGGUAGUUUGCUCUCUGGGCUAUACAAUGGCGGCCCUGCUGCAAUUGUUUACGGGAUUAUCUUGAGCACCGUGGGUAAUCUGGCUAUCGCAUGCUCUUUAGCCGAGCUGGCAUCUCUCCACCCAACUGCAGGUGCUCAAUAUCACUGGAGCUAUUUCCUCGCGCCUCGUGGUCGUCGAUUCAUCAGUUUCUUCCAGGGCUGGACUACUGUUUUUAGUUGGAGCGCGCUAGUCUGUAUCGCACCUUAUUUUAUCGGAACCCAAAUCCAGGGUAUGGUUGUGCUGGCGUACCCUGACUAUGAGCUUGUGAGAUGGCGCGGUACGCUGCUUAUGUGGGCAGUUGCCAUCAUCCCGAUCAUCAUCAAUAUAUUUGCGCGUCGCCUCUUGGGAGCUAUUGAGGUUGCUGCAGGUAUCAUGCAUGUCGUCUUUUUACCCGUCACAAUUGCUGUCUUCGUUAUCCUCGCCCCUCGAAACCCGGACUCAUUUGUCUGGGACACUUUUGUCGGCGGCUUGAGUGGCUGGAAAGAUUCCGGAGUUACAUUCUCCGUCGGUCUUCUUGGUGUCAUUACUCCCCUGGCUGGUGUCGACGGCAUCAUCCACAUGGCCGAAGAAAUCAAAAAUGCCAAAGUUGUCGUUCCCCGCUCCAUGAUCUACGGUACCCUAAUCAAUGGAACACUUGCAUUCUCCUACCUGAUCGCAAUCCUCUACUGUAUGGGUGACUACACAGAAGCCCUCACCAGCCCAACAGGCUACCCUAUCAUCACAAUCGCCUACCAAGCAACCGGAUCCAAGGCAGCCGCCUUCGUUCUUAUGACACUGGGUAUGCUUCCCGGCUGGAUCGCCCUUUUCAACGGCCUCGCCUCCGUCACACGUCUCACCUGGGCUUUCGCUCGAGACAACGGACUCCCCUUCUCUGAGUUCUUUGCCGUCGUCGAUGCAACCUAUAAAAUCCCCCUCCGUGCUUUAUUCCUAGUUGCAUCGUGCAUAUUCCUGCUCUCGUUCAUCCAGAUCGGAUCCACGGCUGCAUUCAACGCUAUUCUCUCGCUCAGCACGCUCGGUCUCUAUAUUUCCUAUCUUAUUCCUCUCGUUCUCCUUGUCUUAAAGCGCUUUAUGGCGCCCCAGGAUAUCCCGCAGGGAACAUUCAAUCUAGGAAAAUUUGGCCUCCCCAUGAAUCUCCUUGCUAUUCUCUUCGCUACCUAUUUCGUUAUCUUCCUUCCCUUUCCGGCGACGCUGCCGGUUACCGCCGAGAAUAUGAAUUAUGCCGGGCCUGUCCUUGGGUUUGUUAUGUUGUUUGCUUGUGGAGAUUGGAUUGUUCGCGGACGGCAUAAGUGGCAAGGCCCAACAAUGAGGCCUAUUGCUCGGAAUGAGUGA